AUGAAGAAACUUCCUUGGUUCAUUCCUCAGUACAGAGAAGUUAACGAUUACGAGAGUGAGUCUAUAUCGCUCCUACUGAAUAAGGUAGGGGAUGAAGCAUCCUUGAACUCACUAUCAGAGAACUCAAAAGAUGUUGUUGACGAAAUUGUAAUUAAGGAAUAUCGUGAUGAAUCUCUUAGACCAUGGUGGAAAUUCUUUGACGAAUAUGAAUACCGCCCAACUCCAGAAGCAGGUAAGAAACAAGAAUGGUGGAGAUUUCGUUGGUUCAGCAAAACAUUAUCUACAGAGGAGAGGAAUUUACUUAUAAAGUUAGACUUAACAGUUGGCGUAUAUGCUUUACUAGGUUACUGGAUAAAAUUUCUAGAUUCUGCCAAUUUGAAUAAUGCCUACGUUACUGGACUCAAGGAAGAUAUUGGUAUGAAAGGAAACGAUCUUAUCGACACGCAAGUAAUCUUCCUUGUGGGUAAUAUUAUCUUCGAAUUACCAUGGUUGUUCUUGUUACCUCGUGUUUCAUUGCCAUAUGUCCUCUUUGGAGCUGAAUUAAUUUGGUCUUUUUUCACUUUGAUUACUUUUAAAGUGCUGACUCCGGCUAUGUUGAAGGCUUUCAGAUUCAUAAUUGGAUCGGCAGAGGCUCCAUUUUUCGUGAUUUUUCAUUACUCAGCUGCAUCCUGGUACAAACCAACUGAGAUAGGAACAAUAGGUGCAAUUUUUUACUGUGGCCAAUUUAUUGGUGUGCUAACAUCUGGUUUCUUACAAGGAGCAGCUUCAACAAUCCAAGGAAAUCUUAAGGGCUGGCAGUAUAUGUUCAUAAUUGAUGGUUCUAUCUCUUUGUUUGUUGCAAUCCUUACACUUUUCCUUCAGCCAGGAACCCCAUCAAGAUGCUAUUCCAUUUGGCUAACGGAUGAUGAGAUUCGUUUGGGACGCAAAAGAAUGAAGGAGAAUGGUACCGACAUGUCUCAUGAUGUCAAGUCUUUUUUUGAUAAACAAACCUGGAAAAAGAUCAUAACUUCAUGGCAGUUUUGGGUACUAAGCUUCCUACAAAUGUUUGGUUUCAAUACCAAUAAUACUUCAAGUGGUUCCUUCGCUUUGUGGCUAAAGAGUUUGGAUCGAUAUUCUCCUAAGAAAUUGAAUGAUUUGACCACCAUUCCACCGGCCUUGGGGUUAAUCUGGAUCAUGAUCGUUUGCGUAGGAGCUGAUAUCACAGGCAAGAGGUUUGGAAUGGUAUUUUUCUCUUUUAUUAUGAAUUUCAUCUCGAACAUCAUAUUGGCAGUUUGGAAUGUGCCUGAAUCAGCGAAGUGGGCCGGCUUUUACCUUUCAUACUGGUCAUGGUCCCAAAGUUCAGUAUUUAAUCCUUUAAUUAGUGAUAUUCUAAGACACGACAGCAACCAGAGAGCUAUUGAGUGGAUGAUCAUAUACAUAAUGGGUCUACAGUCCAGUGCCUGGGUUCUGAGAUUGGCUUUUCCUACCGUUGAUGCACCUCGAUUCCUAGCUGGAUUCACUACUUGUGCUGUUUUAAGUUUAGCAUUCAAUCUUUUGUUAAUAGUUGCGUACUUCUUCUAUAAAAGGGACGAGAGAAAGAGUGCCAUCAAGAACGGUAUCUAUGUCUAUAACAGUACCAAAGGAGAAACACCAGAGUUUAUUCAGAUGCAUAAACAA